AUGGCGACCACUUUCGCGCAACAGCUGCGGAGUAUCGCCGCCCAAUCUACGAACGAACUUGACCUCCGCGCCCGCCGCAAUGCCCACGCCGAGUCUCUGAUUUUUGAGCGCAGUGUUGCGGUCAAGCAAGAUUGGGACACUCUGUACCAGUUAUGCCUGGAGGCAUUCCAAGAACUUUGCACGCUCGACGCUCGAUUCCGAGACUUCGAACGCAGCCUCUUCUCUCGGCAGUCGAAGGACCAGGACCGAGAACAGCUGAACAAGGCUCAGAACGAAGAUCUAGACAAUGUCAUUGAAGUCUGUCUGCAGACUCUCGGGUCACGGCUUACGCUCCGCCCCGGAGUACGAGCAUUGGAAUGGCUGAUCAGGCGGUUUCGCAUCCAUGUCUAUAAUAUCAGAAGCCUACUCCUGACGGCCUUACCACACCACGAACAUCCUCUAUUCCAGAACGUUCUGAGCCUCAUAUCACCCGACCGACUGGUUGACGAAUGGAAAUUCCUCAGACCAUACCACAAGAAUGCAGUCACCCUACCAAGACAUGCUGUUGUGUAUGCUGCCACAAACAACGAAGGAUUCUUUUCCGCCUUGAACAAUUAUACGUUAUCAUCUUGUCGGAGAGGAACAUCACAUCCCCUGCUCAUGCGAUUCUGGAGCGGGCUCAUCGUGGAAGCUGUGGCGGGCCGGUUGAACCAGGCAAAGAGCGGACGCCAGGAAGUUCAAAGGCAACGCACGGAAGACGUCUUGCACAAAGUUCUACCCGUCUUGGACGAGGGCUUGACGACGCACUUUUCCCCAGAUCUCACGCUGACAUGCUUCGCGUUAGCGCUGGUGCUUGCGAAUACUGGCAUGUUGGACGACGGUGUCAUCGACUCUCUUGUGGAUGGCAUCAGCAAGUUGUGUGCACAGUCUGCUAUCGGUUCGGCCCAAGCAUUGCCUGCGAUUGCUGUUCUAGUAUCGCAAAAGUCCGAUCCCUUCGUCCCACGGAAGGUCUUGACCCUCUUGUCGGGGCUUAGUGAUCUUGAAGCUCUGUUUUCCGACAUCAGCCAGCAGUACCCAACCCAGGCUUUAUUCCUAGGUGUUAUCAGAACCACGUUGAGGACCAUGAAGAAAAAGAACGUUGACGAAAAGGCUGCAUUUCUGCGCACAUUGCUACAUGCAGGCCCUGCUUUCGAGUCCACGGCUGGGAUGGUUCAGUGGCUGCUCGCGAUCGUGGCCGAAAUCCAGCGCCUCGAUCCACGGGAGGCCCCGCAGAGCACAGUCCGUUACCGUCUUAUCUCACUGCUUCAGGAAGCUCAGGAGUCUGAGCGAAUGUCCCCUGCUUUUGUGCAACUAGCUUCCGUCAGCAGAGACAACGGUCUCGAAAUUGAAGAUCUGCUGCAGACCGCUAUUGCUCCGCCUAAUCCGGCGCCAGCGCUGAACAACGUUAUGGACAUCGACCAAGACUUGCAUGUCAAAUCAGGACUAGACCUGGCCAGUGCCGCUCUACCUCCGACCCUGCCAAACGAAGUUAACUUUCUCUCUGUGGAUGCGCCUCCUAUUUACAGCCAGCUGCUUGAUGUCUUGCGCCUGUGCAACAAAAACGAAGACUCUCUCUUGCACUUCUCCAAGUUGGAAUUAUGGCAUCGGCCCUCAUCAGAAACCGAAACUUCGCAAUACACAGGCUUUCUCAUUCGUGUCGCCCUUAGCGAAUCAUCCGCCAACGCCAGGACAGAUUCUACCACAUUACUUGCACGAGAUAUUGCCACUCAAGCAGGUCUUAACGCUCAAGCUCUACUUCCGUAUGCGUCUGUCCUUCUUGCGGAUCCUUCUCCUGCAGUGAGAAGACUAGCUGCCGCAAUUGUUAUCGCAAUACACAACGCUGCCACAACUGAGACACAAGGAGCCCCUUCAUCAACAGCUCUGGAGCUUUAUACCCCACAGCAGUCCACAAAACUUGCAUCGUUGACUUCAAAGCAGCUUUUGGAAGUUCUCCAGCAGGUGUACUUGCCAAACAUUGAGGAGUUUGCCACAGAUGAAGAGCAGAUUGCUCUUGUUCUGCAGCACGCCUUAGGUGGCACUGUUGACCAGGCUCUGAAGUCGUCCAAAGGUGGUGUAAUGGAGCUGAAGAAGGGUCUACGACAAGCUUUUUUCGAUUGUUUGACGAGUCAUGCAAACCAUGCACCGUUUCUGCGUGUAAAGACCGGAAUGAUCAAGAUACUGACAGGUGUCUCCAAGGCGGGUUCAAUCCGAAAGUCUGAAGCCCUACUUCCGAUAUUGAGCGAGUGGGCCAGAUUGGGAUCAGCCGAAGCCCGAGCUUGGGCUACUAGAGAAGGUCUGCAGCUUGCUACCAUCGACAAGAGCAUGGCCAGUCUGAUAUCAUCCAAAGAGCGUGAUUCCAUAAGCCGCGUUCUGGAUUUCCUCGAAACGAGGAAGGGCCAGACUCGCGACGAAUUCUUGACCUCAAUAUUCGAUCGCAUUGUUGAGAUCUGGACCACAUUAGCUGAGGACGUACAACAGCCCCUCGCCCUCAAAAUCUACGAUCUUGCGCUUACGAAUAAGACACCGCUCGCCGGGCCUGCCCGGGCUGCGCUGCAGCAGGUACGAUUGUCUACAGAGGCCCUGCAGGCGUUGCUCAGCUCUGCCAUCGCCGACUCGCAAGAAAUGCAAGACCAACCUCAUCCGAAGAGACGAAGAAGAAGCAGCAGCCACGGCGUGUCACGACCAACUGUCAUCGCCACCUCGUUCAGAGAAAGUCUCUCCCGCCUUUCGUUAGCGUUGGAGUUGAUUGAUAGCUCCAAGCCUGAAAAUCGCCCGGCGCUCCUGCCUUCUCUGGUCGAAACGCUUUUGUACCUUCGACGAGCCAGAGACCGCAUUCAUACCGAGUCUCCAUACUUAUUGACACUGUGUCUUGGUGCAAUGCUAGCCAUUGUUGACAAAUUAAAGACCGCUCGCAGACCGAACAUUGAUUGGGCUAAUAUCCGUGCCGAUCUUGUCGCGGAAUGCGUCAGAAAGACGGAAAGUCCUCAAGUCCAGACGACUGCUCUGAUGCUGUCGGCAUCCUUGGCAUCAAUUGCUCCGGACAAGGUUAUACAUCACAUUAUGCCCGUCUUUACGUUCAUGGGCGGCAAGAUGCUGGCUCAGGAGGAUCAACUCUCCAUCAACGUUGUCUAUCAGGCAAUUGACGAUAUCAUACCUCCCUUAGUGGCCUCCUUAAGGCGGCAAGAUGCCCAAAACAUAUUCCAGUCCACGAAAAGCUUGCUUUCGAGCUUCGUGGUAGCGUUCAAUCACAUCCCAGACCAGCGAAAGGUAUCACUUUACCAGCGCUUGCUGACGCAGCUUGGUCCAGAGGAUUUCGGCUUCGCCAUUGUUGCCAUGCUUGCGGACCAGACAGCAGGUGAUAGGGCCUUCCAAAAGUUCCUAAGCCUUCUAUUUGCUGCUUUUGAGCCGCGAGUCUAUCUGGAAGCGUAUAGUAAGCUAUUGUCGCUGGCGGAGGAUAUGUAUGCCCAUCAGCCUCGCAUCGCCGAGUCUAUUCUGGGUGUAACCUCAGGUACUCCUGCAGUCGAUAAAGAGGCGAGGGCAAUGAACCUGCUGUCAACAGCAAAAGAACUCAUCAGCAGCAAAAGCAUGAGGUCACGCGUGUCGAAACUCUCAAAAACAGACACUCCUGAUGCUAGCGCCCUCGCGGAACAGUUCAGAGGAUGCUUGAGACAAACAUUGCAAAGCGUACAGGAUGUUCGCAAGCAUGCCAACAAUCUUCAGAUGCCAUCCGGUCAGUGUCUAGUGGCGUUGCUAGAACUUGUGUCAAUCAAGCAGUUGAUCGAGUCGCUAUCAGCUCUACUUGACGAGAUUCCACAGACCGAUGCCAACCUGAAGCCAAAAGCUAUGCGAUUGUUGGCCAGUCGGCUGGAAUCAAAAUCUGGUACAGACUCGGCAACGGCCGAAGCUGCAUUAGGAUAUCUCAGCAAGCUUGAGAGCGUGGUCACUACCACUGACGACCAAACUCUGAAAUUUACGGCCAUUGAGUGCAUCGACCGCAUAUGCACCAAGUAUGGUCGCCGAGAUAUUGAUGCUGUAGUAUCGCCCGCCGCGUCUCUCGCUGGUGAAGCCGGCUUGGGAUCCGAUGACAACAUCAUAUGCACUACUGCCGCACAUACCUUGGCCUCGAUGCUCGAGAUCCUGCGCGAUGCGGCUGUCCCCAUCGUGCCCUCCGCGUUUGACUAUGCUUUCAAGCUCAUCGAGCGUAGUGCCGCCGAGAAUGGCGAGGACGAGUCUGUUCUCAAUGCAGCGUUCAUACUGGUCGGAUCAAUUGUCCACAAUAUUCCGUUCAUGGUAUCAGAAGAUAACUUGGACCGAAUUUUGACGGUGUCAGCUUUAGCCGCAACCUCGUCUUUUGCAGGCGCCACCGUUACUACCAUGAAUGAUAUGCUAGACGAAGUUGCGAGGCAAAUUGACAUUGACACGUUGACUAGCGGUAUGCUCCGCACAUGGGUUGAGGUCGUUCAGCACGGCCUCGAAGCCGUUCUCCCUAUCCUCACAAUGUACGGCACCGCCGUUCAGCAUCAUGCCAAGGGCGACGUUGUCAGAUCUGCCGACAAUGUCUCCAACAUCAUCCUGCAAGCCUUCGACCUACGUCGGACCCAGCUCCUGACUGAGUCCUCCAGCUACUCCAGCUCCGACAUCUGUCAGGUGGAGGCCAGCCUCAACAACCUCACGCUCGCGUUUAUAUACAAGCUUAGCGACGUCACUUUCCGUCCUCUAUUUACCUCCUGGGUCGACUGGGCCACCAAAGUAUCCGAUUUGUCCCUGUCACCCGGAACCCUACCUGUCGCCAAGCUCCACCGACAGACGACGCUCACGUCCUUCCUCACUCAUUUCUUCACCACCCUCAAAUCCAUUGUCACCUCCUAUGCCUCCUAUUUGAUCGGUCCUGCGAACGAAGCUCUCGCCGAAAUCAGCAAAUCUCAGCCAUCCGACUCUUCUAGCGUGGCACUUUAUGCGAACCUGCUCGCUGCGCUUCGGGCCGCAUUCACCCAUGACGCCGACUCUUUCUUCGCCACGCCAUCGCAUUUCGAGCCCCUAGCCAAGAACCUUGUUUCGCAGCUGCACCUCGCGUCUCAUAAGAGUUUGCGACCGCUGAUCUUCGAGCAGGUCAUACCCACGCUUGUCUCUUUCGCAAGUGCGGUGCAAGAAUCGCCGAGCCAUCACCUGGCGCUCAAUCACUACCUCGCCCGAUUGCGGCAUGCUGAUUCGAGUCAUGUGCGGCUUGCGAGCAUCAGGACGCACAUGGCGAUGACAGAGGAUGGGGAGGUGGGCGACGAAUGGGUCAAUAACGUCGUCAGCGGAACGGUCAGCGGGGAGGGGUUGGUUGAGGGCGAAAAGGCUGGUGUGGGCGGAUCUGGAGAGACGAUGAUUUAUGUUAGUGAAAUGCUUGAGGACGACGACGAAGAGGUUGAGAAGGAAGUCAGACGGUGGGUUCGCAUCGUGAGGGAGAGGUUGGGCGAAGAAAUAUUCGAGACCUGA